GAAUUAUCUAUAGAGUAAGUAUGCUAAUCUUGACUAAGACUGCAGGAGUUUUUUUUAAACCAUCAAAAAGGAAAGUUUAUGAAUUUUUAAGAAGUUUUAAUUUUCAUCCUGGAACACUAUUUCUUCAUAAAAUAGUAUUGGGAAUUGAAACCAGUUGUGAUGAUACAGCAGCUGCUGUGGUGGAUGAAACUGGAAAUGUGUUGGGAGAAGCAAUACAUUCCCAAACUGAAGUUCAUUUAAAAACAGGUGGGAUUGUUCCUCCAGUAGCUCAACAGCUUCACAGAGAAAAUAUUCAACGAAUAGUACAAGAAGCUCUUUCUGCCAGUAGGAUCUCUCCAAGUGACCUCUCAGCAAUUGCAACUACCAUAAAACCAGGCCUUGCUUUAAGCCUGGGAGUGGGCUUAUCAUUUAGCUUACAGCUGGUAGGACAGUUAAAAAAGCCAUUCAUUCCCAUUCAUCAUAUGGAGGCUCAUGCACUUACUGUUAGGUUGACCAAUAAAGUGGAAUUUCCUUUUUUAGUUCUUUUGAUUUCUGGAGGUCACUGUCUGUUGGCAUUAGUUCAAGGAGUUUCAGAUUUUCUGCUUCUUGGAAAGUCUUUGGACAUAGCACCAGGUGACAUGCUUGACAAGGUGGCAAGAAGACUUUCUUUAAUAAAACAUCCGGAGUGCUCCACCAUGAGUGGUGGGAAAGCCAUAGAACAUUUGGCCAAACAAGGAAAUAGAUUUUAUUUUGACAUCAAACCUCCCUUGCAUCGUGCUAAAAAUUGUGAUUUUUCUUUUACUGGACUUCAACACAUUACUGAUAAAAUAAUAAUGAAAAAAGAAAAAGAGGAAGGUAUUGAGAAGGGGCAAAUCCUGUCUUCAGCUGCAGACAUUGCUGCCACAGUACAGCACACAAUCGCAUGUCAUCUUGUGAAAAGAACACAUCGGGCUAUUCUGUUUUGUAAGCAGAGAGACUUGUUACCUCAAAAUAAUGCAGUACUGGUUGCAUCUGGUGGUGUUGCAAGUAACUUCUAUAUCCGCAGAGCUCUGGAAAUUUUAACAAACGCAACACAGUGCACUUUGUUGUGUCCUCCUCCCAGACUAUGCACUGAUAAUGGCAUUAUGAUUGCAUGGAAUGGUAUUGAAAGACUACGUGCUGGCUUGGGCAUUUUACAUGACAUAGAAGGCAUCCGCUAUGAACCGAAAUGUCCUUUUGGAGUAGACAUAUCAAAAGAAGUUGGAGAAGCUUCCAUAAAAGUACCACAAUUAAAAAUGGAGAUAUGAUUUCUGCUGUUCAAAAAAGUCCCUAAAGACAGAGUCUCGCUCUGUUGUCCAGACUGAAGUGCAAUAGCUCGAUCUCGGCUCACUGCAACCUCCGUCUGCCAGGUUCAAGCAAUUUUCCUGUCUCAGCCUCCCUAGUAGCUGGGACUACAGGCAAGCACCACCAUGCCCAGCUCAUUUUUUAUAUUUUUAGUAGAGAUGGGGUUUCACCAUGCUGGCCAGGCUGGUCUCGAACUCCUGACCAUGUGAUCCACCUGCCUUGGCCUCCCAAAGUGCUGGGAUUACAGGUGUGAGCCACCAUGCCCAGCCAAUAAAAAUAAUCUUUAUGGGGGAGAUUUAUAGAAGAAGUAGUAUAAAUUUUAGGAGUGGUAGGAUGGUCUGGCUACGCCAAGAUACUCAGGAAAUAUCUGGAAUUGAAUGCAAAGAAACUCUGAUGACCUGAAAAUAGCCCUAAAAUAUAGUCUUGAGCCUACCUGAAACCAGUUUCAGAGCUCAAAAGUUGCUCUCUAAAGGCCUUUUAAAAUAUCUGCAGAAGCUUAAUAUUUCCAUUGUUACGAAUUCUUAUCCUUAAUGAUGCUAGAUAACACAAUUCAUCACUUGAAUAUGUAUCCCCUUCUAGUGUAAAAUAGACCAUUUCCCUCUGCAUUUCCUAUAUUUCAGUCAAUCCACCAGAAAGUUGUGACUCAGCACCAUUAAGAUAAUUUAGAAUUAAAUAUGAAGAUUAAAGAGGUCUCUUAUUUUUCAGUGGUUAAGAACACAAGCUUUGCAUGGUAGCUCAUCCUAAUGCUUUGGGAGGCCAAGGGAGGAGGAUCACUUGAGGCCAGGAAUUCGGGACCAGCCUGGGCAACACAGCAGAGACCUCAGCCUCCUGAGUAGCUAGGGCUACAGGCCUGUACCACCACAAUCAGCAUAACAGAGACCGAGGACCUGUAGCCCUAGCCACUCAGGAGGCUGAGGUGGGAUGAUUGCUUUGAACCCAGGAGUUACAGGCUACAGUGAGCUAUGAUUGCACUAUUGCCCUCCAGCCUGGGUAACAGAGCAAGACCCUAUCUCAAACAGACAAAUAAAUAAAUAAUAAUUCAUUCACCCACUCACUCACCCACUGACUUUGGACUCUGGCACGUAGAAAGCCCUAAGUACAUAUCGGGGAAAAUAACUGCUAAUUAAUAUAUACUUUCAAUGCUUAAUGCAGCCCAGGUAGAGAAUGGAUUAUAGCAAGACCCUCAGACUGUAUAGAGGCAAUUCAGCAAGUGAAUGGAGAAAAGGGGAGCUUUAAAGUACGCAGUGAAGCCAGGCACAGUGGCUCACACUUGUAAUCCCAGCACUUUGGGAGGCCAAGGCAGGUGGAUCACCUGACGUCAGGAGUUGGAGCCAGCCUGGCCAACAUGGUGAAACCUCGUCUCUAAUAAAAAUACAAACAUUACCCAGGCGUGGUGGCAGUUGCCUGUAAUCGCAGCUACUCAAGAGGCUGAGGUAGGAGAAUUGCCUGAACCCAGAAGGCAGAGUGAGCCGAGAUCUUGCCACUGCACUCCAGCCUGGGUGACAGAGCGAGACUCUUAUCUUGAAUAAAUAAAUAAAUAAGUAAGUAAGUAAAAUAAAGUACACAGUCAGGUGUUUGUAUCAUAUCUAUCUGCAGCUAUAAAAUAGGAGAAGCAGACAUUGCUAUUUGAGCAAAGACAUCAUAUGGUUCUAAUCCACAAAGACUAUUACCCUUUCCAGUUGCAAACCAAAGACACUCUAUAAAUAUGGAGAAUGAGCAACACUGUUAGCCACAAAAGCCAUACUCAUGUACUUGAUGGGCAAUGAUUUCAGAUUUUAUUUUUAAAUAAAACUUUUUUUCCCUUUUAAAAAAUUUUUGUUUUCUUUUUAAAUUUUUCUUUUCUGCUUCAUCCACUG